AUGAACAAAAACGUGAUAAGCUAUACAGAAUGCUGCAGCAAAUUGGAAAAAAUCGCGUCUAAACGAAGAAUUUAUGGAUCUGAAUCGGCUCUCAGGUUGCACAAAAAAGAAUCCAAACUUGAUGUAUCUAAUGAAAAUCUUCUCAAAGAAACAAAACAAAAAAUUAAAAAAAUGCCGUUUAUUUGUGCCAGUAGCGCUAACAAAAGUUAUAAUAUGGGUGUAAACAUACAAACAACUUUGUCCAUGAUAAAGCAAUUCCCUGGUCAAAGUUAUGAUGAUCUGGAUUCGAUAAAUGCAUCUACUAACUUCAUCAUUGAAACAAAAUCGAACAAAAACAGCAAAACGAGCUUAAUAUCACAGCAAUCUUCUGAUGGUCAAAUUUGCCCAGUUAUUUCUGAAGAAAAAUUUAUAAUACAAGAGGACAAUACCGAUAAUGGUUUUAAGCUAAACCCGUGGGCAGUAAAACAAACCGAUACUAUUAAAAAUCAUACUGAGUGCGAUCAACAAAAAAGUUCUUGUUCUUGUCCGAAUCGUUCCAUGGAUAGUUACCAAAAAGUAAUGGCGCCUUUUAUGAUUCAUUUGAAACGUAAACAUAAAUCAAUAGAAGCUCCUCAAAAUCCUUACACUAAAGCAAAAGUCGUACAAUACUACGAAUUAUUGUCCAAGCACAUGCAAGAGCUUAAGCUAACUAUAGGCGCAAUGGACAGUGAACUUCGAACAUUAACAGAAAAAUACAAUAAGCUAUACGAUCAACAUAUUCGGGAUCAAAACAAAAAUCUCAUACCAAUAUUACUUGAUACUGAAGAUCAAAUUAACGCAUUACAAUCCAAAGUAGGAGAUGCUAUUGACGUGUACAAAGAAGCGGCUUUUGUGAAUACAGACGAACUAUCGAAUUCAUCAUCGAGUCUUUUGGCCGAUAUUAAAGCAAACGAAGAUCCGAGACCUAAGGAAACGACAACUAUACAUUUAUCCAAAAUUUUACGGAGAGUUCAGUCCCUACAAGAAAAACUCAAGACCGGCCAUUUCCUUCACGGUUGUGGUGACCAGGCGGAAUAA